AUGGUUGUGGCUGGUCCCGACGCCAAUUACAGGGUGAUAGGGAUCGGGAUUGUAGACUAUGAGUACAUAUUCGGGCUAAACCCCUUAGACAUACCUUCUCCUCGAUAUGCAAUGCAUUGUGCGCCUCUUGCCACAAGUGAUGUCGCCUUAGUUACCACGGGCCACGACAUCUCUGUUCAUGAUUACGAGAUCAAGGAGUAUACUUUUAGGUAG